GCUCAGCACCACCAUGCUCGCCCUGGAGGCUGCACAGCUGGACGGGCCACACCUCAGCUGUCUGUACCCAGAUGGAGUCUUCUAUGACCUGGACAGCUGCAAGCACCCCAGUUACCCUGACUCCGAGGGGGCUCCCGACUCCCUGUGGGGCUGGGCCGAGGCUCCAGCUGUCCCCACCACCUCCUAUGAGGCCUUUGACCAGCCCUCCAGCACCUUCGGCCACCCCCAGGGCAUCCAGCUCUGCUAUGGACCCUCGACCUACAGUGCGGCGGGGGUUCUCGACCCACUCCCCAGCCUAGAGGCCCCCGGGCCCGGCUUCCCAGCGUACCCCACGGAAGACUUCGCCAGCCAGACCCUGGGCCCCCCUGCAUAUGCUCCGUACCCCAGCCCCGUGCUAUCUGAGGAGGAGGACCUUUUGCUGGACAGUCCUGCCCUAGAGGUCUCGGACAGCGAAUCAGACGAGGCCCUCACGGCUGGCCCUGAGGGGAGGGGAUCUGAGGCAGGGGCCCGCAAGAAGCUGCGCCUGUACCAGUUCCUGCUGGGGCUGCUGACCCGCGGGGACAUGCGCGAGUGCGUGUGGUGGGUGGAGCCGGGCGCCGGGGUCUUCCAGUUCUCGUCGAAGCACAAGGAGCUCCUGGCGCGCCGCUGGGGCCAGCAGAAGGGCAACCGCAAGCGCAUGACCUACCAGAAGCUGGCGCGCGCGCUGCGCAACUACGCCAAGACCGGCGAGAUCCGCAAGGUGAAGCGCAAGCUCACCUACCAGUUCGACAGCGCGCUGCUGCCCGCCGCGCGCCGGGCCUGAGGAC